CGUGGUCGAUGAGGGAGCACGAGGCCGAGCGUGGCAGCGUCGACCAGCCGCGGCCCGCGAUGAAGCAGACCGGCAUGGCCGACUUCCUCACCAAGGACGAACAGGACGCCAGCGCACCGGUCGCGCCCACGAGCCCCGUCGCGGUGACACACCGAUCCAACUCGCUGAGCUCCAUCUUGAACGACGACGACGGCGGCGAUGAGCCGCAGGUUGACGUCUCGGACCCCAAGUUCUCGCCGCAUGUGGUCGACCUUGCGUUCGUCGCGCAGCUCGAGGCCGGCGCCAACAUCGACGCCAAGUGCCAGAAAGACUUCCAUUGGUACGCGUCCAGCGUUGUCGCCAAGACGCCCGAGUAUGUCAAGGUGCACUUCGUGGGAUACGGCCCCCAGUACGAUCGGAUCUACUACGAAGACAGCUACGACUGCCUCGCGCCCGAGGACAUGUACACGCGCGACGCCAAGCGCAUGUCCAACAAGUCGCGCGUCGCUCCGUCGGCAGAGUAUCUGCUGUUCAAGGCGACCGGCAAGCCGCUGCCGGCACGCAAACCCAUCAUCACGCGGCCUCUAAAGGUGUCCAAGCCAAAGGCCGCGCCCAAGAAUCCGCAGCCAAAGAAGAAGGCGCUGCCCCGCAACGUCGACCUCGAGCGCAUCGCCGACAUGCGGCCGCGUAUAAAGCGCGCAGCAAAGGGCGACGAGGUUGAGGCGCCUCCGCCUCGCGUUGUCUCGAGCGCCGAAGAAGAUGAGGACGAGGACGACGAGCCGAUGCCCAAGAAGACCAAGAUGGCCUCGAACGAGCCUGCGACUCCCGCGUGGCUAUCGACCGGGCGCUCGGACGAAGAGCUUCGAGACGCUGUGUUCUUAGCUGCCACUCGGCGCGCGGCCGACGAGCUCGCAAACCCUCAGCCGAUGAUGCACAUGGACAAGGAAAUUUGCGCCAGCUGCGUCCAGGUCGACGACGAGCAGAUGAGCGACCUCGUCUACUGCGAUGGACCUUGCUGCCGCGUCUUCCACCAGUGCUGCCUCGGGCUCGACGACACCGACGUGCAGUCGGCCGAGCCCUUCUUCUGCGACGACUGCAAGAGCGGGCAGCACGACUGCUUCCUCUGCGGCGAGCCUGGUGCGUACAAGCAGAACCUGCUGCGCUGCGACCUCAAGGGCUGCGGCCGCUUUUACCACUUUGAGUGCAUUGUCCGGGACACCCGCUUCGACGUCGACGAGCGCUCGUUCCACAUCAAGUGUCCGGCCCACCACUGCUGGACGUGCGACGUGCGGCGGACGAAGGACGCGAACCUCAUGCAGUGCCUCAAGUGCCCGACCUCGUACCACCCGGGCUGCAUCCCGCCGAGCGCCCGCUACAACAACGUCGCGACCAUCUGCGGCAAGCACAAGGACCCGCUGCCCGACGUGCCGCCGCACUACAUGGGCGGCGACAUUGUGCAUCGCGACGGCAAGGUCCGGUUUCCCGAGUUGUACCUCCCCAAGGACACGCCGCUCUUCGACGACGCGAGUGCGCUCCUGCACUUCCGCCUCAGCCGCGCGAUCCUGGAAGAGCACAACGCGCAGCCUCCGCGGUACCAGAAGCUCAAGCGCAACCGGUACCUCUUCAAGCCGGGGAAGAACCCGGAUCUGAACGACAUGCCGCGCUGCGUGUGCACGGAAACCUGCGGCGACGACUGCAUCAACCGCGCCAUCUUUGUCGAGUGCGUCGGUGACGGCCGCGACGGCAGCGCCAAAAUGUUCAACUGCAACCUCGGCCCUGGCUGCGGCAACCGCGCGCUGCAAGAGUGCAAGAUCCCGACGACCGCCGUCGUUCCGUGCGGCAGCAAGGGCUUUGGGCUCAAGACGCUCGCGCCCAUCAAGGGCGGCGACCUCGUGGUCGAGUACGUUGGCGAGGUCAUCAACGAAGAGAUGAAGACGAAGCGGCUCGGCGAGCUCCACGACAUCAACUGGUACAUCAUGGCACUCGUGCCCGGCCGCAUGUACAUUGACGGCCGCUUCAAGGGCUCCGAGUCGCGCUUCAUCAACCACUCGUGCGACCCCAACUGCCACCUCCUCAUCUGGGACGUCGGCGAGCACAAGCGCAUUGCGAUCACGGCGCUGCGGGACAUUGAGCCCAACGAAGAGCUCUCGUACGACUACCAGAUGGAGACGACGGCCGCGUCGGCCUUCACGUGCUACUGCGGCGCCGCGACGUGCCGAGGCACGAUGGCGCCCGACGACCUCAACAACACGAAGGAAGAGAAGGCGGCCAAGAAGGCGGCGGAGAAGGCGGCCAAGAAGCCCGCCAAGAAGACCAAGAAGCGUCGUGUGGCCAAGGCGGCCGAGCCGACGACCAGCGGCGAAGCCUCGGACGACACGGACGAGGCCGCCGUCAAGAGGGAGGACGAGCCGACGCCCAAGGCCGAGACGGCGUGCGAUAAUGACCCGAUGGGCCAACGAGACGUCGAGACUGCAACCAAGGCCGAGGCGCCUUGCGCAAUAUAGUCCAUAGACGCUUUGGCAGUUGUUAUAAUGGACAGAUUGUACACA